AUGUCUGCCAACAUCGUGAAUGCGACAGGGAUAGAAUGCCUCAUACAGCAGCGCUAUCCCGGCACCUCUCGCGAUGAAGCCUAUGUCAGACUCUUUAACGACCUGAAGCCUCUUAUGAAUCCUGCUGCGGUAGGAUGGCACAACUUCAUACAAGCCCUUGCAAUUCUCCUCAACAAGCCAGUUUAUAGUCUCGCUGAAUCUGCAAGUCGUACAGCCCAGCGCAUCCUUGGAGCCGUUUCUCAGAACACUUCGGAGACGUCCCAGCCCGUCAAAAAUACUUCAAAUGACAUCUCGGAUCAGACGAUGAUACAGAUACUCCGCAAUCUCGCAGCGGCUGCCGGGGAUCUUCCAGAAGUGGUAUCAAGUACCGGUUCCGAUGGCAGUGAAGAGUACAAGAUUCAACACAGCUCCGAUGGCUUCUCUAGAGGCAGACCCCGAGUGUUCAGGGUCUUCAAUAACUCCUUCAACGCUGGGCGUGAAUUUACCGCCGUCUUUGCUACCUGUGCUCUGUCGACUAAGGCCCUUACUAUACAGACAAAAGCGAAGGAGUUACGGGCCAUCGGACUAAACCCCAAGGACAUUCCUGAUGAGACAAGCUAUCAGACGACACCAAUGGUCCAGGGCUGGAAGUUCCACGGCUUCGGAUAUUUCAUCUACAAGUUCGUCGACAAUGAAACUAAGACUGUUGGCGGAGGAAAGGCCGAUGGACGUCAUGCCUUUUAUGUCUUCAAUCCGACAACCAGUGCCAACGAAGAGUUCAGGACACAGGUCCAAAAGAGGCCCUUACAAGCCUCAUUUGGCGGGAUGUGCUCCGAUCUCGAGGCUGUUUUCCUUCUUAUGUGGCAAAACCGUCGGUCGCUUCGAAAGAGAGACCCGGAAAAUGCAGAUAACGUGAUAUUCCACUUGCUGGUUCCGGCAAAGAGGACAUUCGCUAUUGCAGAGAGAAUGGCCAUCGAUGAUGGAGUGGGGAAGCUGAUAAUUAAAGGGCACACGGACGAAGGUUCCUGCUAUGCGUGGUUCAAUUUUGUAUCUUUGCCACGGCAAGUGGUACUACAUGAUGUCGGAAACCUUAACAGAGACUCUGACGAUCGCGACAGAUCAUGGAAACGUGAGAAGAGUGGUGCACUUGCAUUCUUCGGCUGCGGGAUCAUAACAAUUAUCACCGGGUUUUUUAUCCCUCCGGCAGCGCCAUACUUUGCUUGGCUGUGUUUUGCAUCGUUGGCAGUGGCAUUGAAGUAUGGCGUACUGGAUGAUCUGCGACGGAGUUACCGGUCUCCUCCUCGUGUUCUCGGUCCUCCGUCAGAGGUUCUUCGAGAAAGAAAGAUUGAUAUGUAG